AUGCCCAGCACGCGCUCGUCACGUCCGACAACGCGCUCGCUGUUUUGUGCGUUGCCCAGCGUCGCGAAGCGGCAAGCGGGCAAAUUGGAUGACCUAUUUGAAGGCGGCGGGGAUGUCAAACUCGUCGCUCGUGCUCAGUAUGAGGACCUGCGUGUCAAGCUCGUCGGCCAGGUCACGUCACGUAUCAGCGUGGCAUUGCGUGUGCCACCGCCCGAGGUGAUCACCAGGGGCUAG